UUUCUUGUACUUAGUUUCCGAACGCUCUGUGACAUCAAAAUGUGACAAAUGAAUGACAAUUAUGCAGCCUAACAUUUUAGAAGUCACAGUUCACUUUCAUAUAAUCUAAAUAAUAUACAAAAGGAAAUAAUAUUAUGUCACCGACACGGGCGGCCGGCUUAGUUAUAUUCAGAAAAUACAACCAAGGUGUACAGUUUCUUUUAUUACAAACGUCCUACGGUCAACAUCAUUGGACUCCACCAAAAGGACAUGUUGACCCAGGAGAAUCAGAUUGGGUAACAGCAUUAAGAGAAACAAAAGAAGAAGCAGGGUUAUCAGAGGAAGAUUUAGAAAUCUACAAAGAUGUAUCAAAGACUCUGCAUUAUGAUGUUAAAGGAAAGCCAAAGGAUGUUGUCUAUUGGUUGGCAAAGCUAAGGAACCCAGAGCUUGAGGUAAAGUUAUCAUAUGAACAUCAAGAUUUAAAAUGGCUGCCCUUAAAACAAGCUCAAGAAGUAUCUGGCUUCGAGGACAUGAAAAAACUAUUGGCUGAGUUUAAUGAAAAGGCUGAUAAGUUAUAGUUAUGCAGGAUACUUAUUGUAAUAAAUAUGAUAUUGCUGUUAUAUUCUUUUGCAUAAAUACCUCCACUGGUUAAAA